AUGACCACCACUACCUCCUCCUUAGCAGAUAUGACGAGCUGGCUCAUGGCUCGAGAGCCGGGGUACCUUGUAAUACAAUUGCUCUCACCUUUUGGCAAGCCCAUCGAGGAAUACAGGGAACGCAAGGGAAGGCGUGGUUUUAAAGUCAGGAAAAUUUUGAUGUCACUGCAAGGAAUGGGGAGGCGCCUCAAGUGCAUCAGAAGAUUGCUUGGCUUUAAACUGAAAGAAUUGCAGUCUGUCCGAUAUAGGCGGCUUUCCAAAGUUCCUCAAGACAAGGUACCUUUCCGACUCACGUCUACAGUUAGCGGCGUGGACUACCAUUUGACCGAGAUUAGGAACAUUGUCAAAAGCCAGCAGGAUGUCAGGGCAAUUUGGGGACGCGAGCCCGGCAAGAUAAAAACAUUAGGCAUAGAUCUCGGUCAAGCAUGUGUUGUAGGGACGAGCGCGCUCUUGCCUGUCGCAGAAGGCGACCCCAAUGUCUUUCACAACCUUGCUGUAAAGCAAAAGGUAAUGUACCAGCCAACGCUCAAGUUUCGGCGUUGGCUAGAAGAUAAGCAGAGUGCUGCACCUGCAGGAGCCUACUCCAUCAGUGAUCUGGAAAGCAGACUGCCAUCUCUACGUGGUGAGAAUGCUAGCAUUGAAAGAUAUCUAUCUGAACUAGGAUCAGCUCGAAGAAUUUUAUAACGGAG